CUGUUGCUAAGUGGGUUGCUAUGUAACUCCAUUCAGUGAACGGGAGGUGAUAGAGAGCUUUCAGUUUGUGUUUUUCACGGACAACUUGAUCCAGUUUAGUAGGGUUUAGUAUUUUCUUGGUGCUACAAUGACCGAACAGCCAACUACUGUGAUAAAUACGACAGGAAAAUGUAUGUUACACAACUGGGCAGAGGAGAGGGCCGUUGCCGCACUUGACAACCAGGAGACGAUGAUGGAAAUCCAGAAACAUGGACACAGAGGGAUUCUCACGGUGGACCAGGAGUCUAAAAUGGAGGCCGUCACCACGCUGAGAGCAACUUACACCCCUCCGAAAAGUCCAGGGGUGAGGCUGCGCGGCAUCAGAGGCGAGCUUUUGGAAAAACACAUCGCCCAGAUGAUAAGGGAGAAGAUUCAGGCUGACAUGAACCCACCGACUCCCAAAACCGACUUCUGCUCCACAACCCAGAAAGAUUUCUGUGUUGAUGGGUUUGUCUCUGUUACUCCUAAAUCAACACAAGCUCAUGAUUAUAAAAAUGACCAGGCUGUCACAUUUUGGAGUGAAAACUGCCAGCGGGUACAGGGUGUCACCACCAUAAAGACCCUGAAAGCACCUUUCAAGAAGUCGGCCCUGUUCAGCACACCCAUCAGCGAGCGGCUGGAUGAAAUCGAACUCCUAUCUAACGACUGAGUCAGUGUACCACGUAACAUCACAUUACUACCCAUUAAUAUGAAACUGAUGGCCCUCUUUAAGUUCUUGUCAGGAGGGUGACAUAUUUUCAGUCAGCAGUGGACUUUUAACCUGCCAAACAAACCAUCUCUGAACUUAAUAAAACAGAUUCACAGAGAAA